GUCUUUGAGUUGAUCUUACUUUGGUCAACUUUCUUUGGUUUCGUGUUAAUUUGUGCUAAUCUAUCUGUUGCAGUUUAUUUAUCAUUUCACUGAAAUCAUUGGCUAAAGAUAUCAAAAAUGUUUUCUUAUUUUGGAUACAUUUUGAACUUUGGAAUUAUGAUAAUGUCUUUUACAUAUGUGUCUGCACAAACUGAGAGUUUUCAUGAAGAAAUAACCUUCGACUUUAAAUGGACACAAAGUUUAGAAAAUGGUACAGUGACGGAUAUCAACGGUACAGUGAUGACUUUUCCGAAUAUGUUUUUAAACGACGAUUUUAAUUGUGAUGACUUCACCUUUAAACUUUAUAAGGACUGGACAAUGGUAUACAAGUUUGACACAGAUGAUAUCAAGAAGUUAUUGUGCAAAUGUAAAGGAGUGUGCACGUUUCAAACUGUUGCACCUGAUGUACUUGCACAACUGAGAGAUCGGAGACUUGAUGUUUUGUCUGAUUUAAACAGAAACAAUUUUAUUAUUGUAGUAUCACUGUUUGCAGCUAUUUUCAUACUUGGUACCGCAGGCAACAUUGUUACAAUCGUUGGGUUGUCAACUUGGAUGAAACAGCGGUCACCAACCUAUGGAUUCGUCAUUAGCUUGUGUUGCUCGGAUCUCCUCAUGCUUUUUCUAUGUAUGCCAAUUAAGGCGACAGAAUUCUUUAAAGUGAGUGACAUAUUCAAUGAAAUAACAUGCAAGUUAUCUUACUAUGCUAGAGAUAUCACAUUUAUAUCAACUGUAUUGACUCAUACAAUCAUCAGUUUUGAGAGGUUCUAUGCUAUAUGCCAUCCUAUGGAGGUGAAGUAUCGAUGUACAAGACGUAGAGCGAGAAAACUUGUACUUAUGACCUGGCUGCUGUCGUUGUGUCUGGCUAUACCAACCCCUUUUAUGAUGAAACACUACUUUGAUGAGAGAAGACUGACAAUAGAAUGUUUGCCGCAAUCUAAAUCGUUGUCUUUGGUGAUUGCCUAUUUCAUAUAUAUGCUCGGUAUAUUGUUUGUGAUUCCAUGCCUUGUCAUGAUGGUGACAUAUUCUAAGAGUUCCUCGGUGCUCUGGAAAAGCACAAAAGUUGCGAAGAACUUAGACGAGACACAAGGAAUAACUGAUACAAGGAAGGGUCAUAAAGUUUCAAACAGUAUCACCCAACGCAAACGAGUUGUAGCCCUUUUGGUUGCUGCUGUCAUAUUAUUCAUAAUAAGCUGGGCUCCUCAUCUCUUAUUCCAGCUUCUAGAAGUAACAGGUCAUAUACAUGUUCUAAUUGAUAUGAAUAAUGUAAAAACUCUUAUAGUCAUUGGUGCAGGCUUCACGUAUUUAGGAAGUGCUAUAAAUCCAUACCUCUUUAUGGCAAUGUCGUCACAAUUCUGUGAACAAUCCGCGUGCAGAAAUUCUUGCCUCGGAAGAGGUUACCGAUCAUCUGACAGAUCUAAAGAUAUUGAAAGUGACAAAUCUACACGAGAGGCGUCGUCGUCGGUAACACGUGCACAGACACAGGAAUCUCGUAUUCGACGCGUUCUUUAAGCGUCUUCAAGUAAAAUUGAACGUAAUGCCUUACAUGUUCCUGGUUUAUCUCAAAAAUGCACAUUUUGGAUGAAUUGCCGUCUCGUUUAUUUUGUUUAAUUCUUGUUUGUUAUAUGUUUGAAAUAUUUUUCAAAGAGCUAAAACAACGUUUAGUUAAAUGUGAUAAGGGAUUGAUAGAAUGCUGAUAUUGUAUUUCUUUUUGAACAAAGACACUAUUGUUAACUUGUUAUGCGCAUUCGUUUGACAGUGUGAGGAAUAAACUGGCAUUAGA